CUACGCAAACUUGUUAGAUGCCGGGAACCAGAAUACUGAGGAGUUUGUACACCAAGAAAUAAAAAUGUCUAAGGUAAUAUCUGCCUCACCAAAUUGGUACUGUAGCAAGGUCAUAGACAGUAACUCUGCAGGAAUCUUGGUGUUUGGUUCUCGACAUGACGUUUACAUUUACAGAUGUGACCAUUGUCCACCAAAGUUUCAAUCUGUCUUUGUUGGACAUAGAGAAAAACUGACAGCUCUAACAUUGUGUGAGCAUAACGAUUAUGUGAAGAUGUGUUGCACUGGAUCUGAAGAUGGGAAUGUCAAGCUAUGGAAUGUAGAGAACAGAGAAGUGAAAUUGGAGCAUUCUAUACAUACUCAUAAAGUUACAUGCAUAAGUUGGUCCCUGGAGGAGACAGAUCUGAUAGUGUCUGGUGAUGAGCAUGGAACAGUUGGAGUUUGGCAAUUUGAGAGUAAUAAACAAGCUGCACAUAGACCUGAGAAGGGAUGCAUACUUUGCAUGGCAGCUUCACCAAACAAGGCUGGACUUUUUGCUAUAGGGUACAAGACUGGUCAGAUAGCAUUGAUAGAUGUUAAAAGAGGCGGUAUGAUAGUUUCUCGUCUAAGAGGUCAUGAUGAAGAAAUUUAUUCACUCUGCUGGUGUCCUGUUCCUGGGGAGAAUUAUCAUCCAUCACAAGCUGGUGAAGAUAUAACAGACCUUGAAUCAUUUGGUGUUGAAGGGUCUUGGAAGAAGAAAUCUCUGUGUAAUGCUGAUGAACAUGGCUUUGGUACAGAUGGUUGGUUACUGGCUUCUGGUAGUAAAGAUAAAACUAUUCGUUUAUGGAGUUCAAGUCGGGCCCGGCAACUAAUGGUGAUGAAGUUACCUGCCCCUGGUAGAAGAGAAAGGGGAGAUGAUGGGGGUAAAGCAAGAGCUUGGUUAACUCUAUGCUGGCCUCCUCAUUCUCCACAGCAAAUUAUUUCAAGCUCAUUGAGUGGUGAUAUCUUGUUGUGGGAUAUAACAAAAGAAGGUAAGGACAAGUGUAAUUCUUUGCAUGCACCAGGCAGGGGUCAUACCAGGUUUGCCUUCAACUUGUGUCUCCUUGGCAGUGAGAAGACCACCAUGUGCUCUACGUCAAUGGAUAGGCAGAUGAUUUUGUGGGAUUUGAAGUUAAAGUGUGAAAUAGGAACAAUGCCAACAUUUGGUGGAUACCUGUAUGUUGCUAAAACAUCACCCUUUGAUCCAGGUCGAAUAGCUUUAGGCAUAGGUGACACUACAAUACGAUUGUUGAGUCUGAGAUCAGCAUCAGAAUGGUUUGAAACAACACAGCUAUGGCAAGGGAUCAGAGCUAAAGUUACAACUGUAUAUAAUCAUUUAUUUAAAUUGUUUAAAGCUCCCUUAUUGAGUGAUAGAUCCAAAGCAUAUUGGUUUUUUUUCCUGUGACGUGUGUCUGUUUCUAUAAUUGUCUCUGAAGAUGACUUUAAUUAGAAUUUCAUAGCAGGCACUGACUUCCAAGGAAACCAUUUAUCUUUGUACAAAUAUAACAGAAGUCAAUAAAAAGUUAUCUGUAUUACUUAUUUAAUUCUUGGUUGUCGUGUGUAAUCAACAAUUUCUAUAAACAACAUCUCCUUUUAAACCAAUGACAGGAUAGUAGCCAAACUUUACAGGAAUAAGCCUUGGGUGGUCCCCUGCCAAAGUUAUUCAAAUGUUUCCGGUUUGUUCCAUAAGUAGGUCACAGGCCAGGAAAACAGUUUCAAAAAGACUUAAAAAAUGUUCUUGUUUGAAAUUACAAGGCCCUGAGCUUUGAUAUUUGGUAUAUGAAUGUGAUGUCAUCUUUAGGUACUACAAAAGUUGUUCACAUUUUGUCAAAAUUGGCCCCGCUAUAGGUUUUCCUUAUAUACAUGUAUAUAUAAGGAGUGUCACAGUUAGAAAAAAUGCUAACUGUUUAACCUUUUACCUCUUAUAGACGUGUUUUGAUGGCUUUUUGUCCUCCCCCCCCCCUUUUUUUAGGGUUCAAACAGUGCAA